UUGGAUUCGGUAAGUGCCAACUAUUAGGCGCCAAACAGAGCAUUAAUGAAAAUUAUCUCCUGGCCAAAAUAGAACCAAUCAUGUUAUGCAGUAAAAUACAUUAGGACGACACAUCUCGUAUACAAAAUUCACACGUUAUUUUUGGACUGCAGUUCAUGUAUGCUUCUAGCACAAGGUAAAAGUUUUUGUUUUAUCUCAACUGUACUAGCUACAUGUGCCGAUUACGCGGUAAAGUUUUGAAGCAGACGACGAAUCCUCAGUUGGUUCCCUCUCCUCUUUUAACCAACACAACUAUCCUCCUUCGAAGUUCACGUUGAGCGCAACUUUUCUGUGUGUAUUGGUAUCAUCGGAUUAUCUUCAGCCAUUCUUCAGCCGAACUUAUUUUGAACCGAGCAGUACGUUCAGGAGAAUUUUUUGUCAUGGAGGAAGCUAUGCUGGCGUCAUCUUGUGACGGGAAAAAUGAGGCUUCGUACGUUGUGAUCUAUGCUGACGAAGCCACGGAAUCUUCAGAACAGCAUCAUCAUCAUCAUCAUCCUGUCGCACAGAACGAAACUGUUUCCACUUCUGCGGCAAGCGGGGCUGGGAGACGAAGGAAGGCGAUACCUUCUCGAACGCCCUCGGCGGAAAGAGAAUUGUUCGUGGGUGGGCUCAUCGCCAAAAAGGGACGGGGCCGUGCUACAGUAAACAAUAUUCCGGCUGGAGCAACAACACUUGAGGAUCGAAACGAGUUUCAGGAAUGCCCAUAUUGCGGCUGUCGGUACAAGGGCAAGAGCUCAUUCACUACUCACCUACGUAAAAAGCAUCCAGACAAGCAUAGAGAGCUUGUCUGUUACGUGUGCAAUUCAACGGUUGAUGAGAUGGCAUUUACCCGGCAUUUUCGAAUACAUCAGGCUCAAGAUGCCCGCCAGUCGCAAGGUGAGACACGGCUUCUCCAAUGUGACUUCUGUGAGUUUCGCUGUCAUCUGAACGUGGACCUGAUUCAACACAUGGGGUUGGAACAUGACGGAAAUAAUGCAUUUAGCAUUGCUCGUACCGAGGCACAAUUUCUUAUGAAAAAUCGGCGACAUCGGAAUCAUCAAAGCGGUACGGGAGGUACUUUGGCAAAGCAUACACGUAUGAUGAGUUUCAGUGUGGAGGAUUACCAUGAGGGAAGCACACUUGAUGUUGCUCAUAGGGUAAUGGGGCGAACUCGUAGUUCGGACAAUGACUCUGAGAGCACACUGAGCGGUGUUGAGGCUCCGGAUAUGACGGGAAUGAUACUCGAGGUCGAAACGCACGACGUCUUAAUUGAAACGGGACCACGGCUGGUUGCAGCCCACGAAGAUCAUCAUGCCGUAGUCGAAACGUCGGACAGUUUCAAUGAUAUGGGCCAUAUAUCCGACGAUCUACUGUCAUGCCUGAAACGUGGUCAGAAUGAGCUGCUUUCGCAAGGUUUUACCCAUGUGCAGCUGCAUCAUCUCAACAUCUCAGCGUAUGAACGUUCGUGGAUCAAGUUGCUGGUCGCACAGGCGUCCUCUGCAUCAGCCGGCCGACUCGUUAGGAUACCAAUUGAUCGGGCGUCGCUAGCGCCGACGGACGAUCAGCUCACGAAUUUCGUCAUCGAGAAUGAGGUGCCAGUGUCGCUUCGGAAGCUUUUCGAAGCCGAUGCAUGGCAUCACCUUCAGGAGCAGGUAUUAAUGAAACGGGAUCGCUUCACAUGCUGUGUAUGCCGAGGCGCACAGAAUCUCAAAGUGUCCGAAUGUGGCAGUUGUGGUCGGCGCUAUCAUCAGAGUUGUGGAGCUCAAGUAGCCACCCAGGCCGACUACAGUUGUGCGGCUUGUCUUCAUUAACCAUCGACUCUAUACCUGUGCACGAAGAUUGCCAGCGGUACCGCAAUAGCUGUCGCUGUACACGAUACAAUUUUCAUCUAUAUACAUUGCUGUUGUGUUAUCAAAAAGCCAGACUAGGUAUGUUAGAACAGAAAAAUUACACUUAUGCUUGUUGUAAAGGGAUUCAUUUUUCAAUAUUAUUUUUUUUUAAUUCCGGUACAGGAAAUACGAAUUAAGUUGUUGGCCAGAAGUAAACGUAUGAAGCAGAUCCAUUGAGGCAAUCUGGUCCUUGUUCGAAAUUUGAUGGUCUUCAAUUUUUUUGAUUGUCACUAGUAGUGGCCAAGUUAAGCUACAACACUUACCAUGUCCCGAAGUCUAGCUUUCGAUUUGGACACCUUAUGGAGCAUGACGUUUACAACAAUCUCUUUCUGUUUUAGGGAAUAGACCGAACUUGUUGAAUAUAUAUCGUUAACUGUUCCCAUAGACAGGUUUAUUCGCUUUCGGGAACAAUAUUUUUCUUGACCAAACAAAUCUCAUUUACAAUAUUAACCUAUUCAUUCACAAAACAGCCCAUUCAUUACUGAUUUUAGUUCUGUUCAUGAAUACGAGUGCCGUAUUCCCCUGGUUGACUUUAAAAUUCAUGUCAAUGCGUUUAGGUUGGGGUCAGUUUUGCCGAGUAUUUUGGGUUGAUUCUAGAGGGACGUAGAAUAACAUAGUUCCUUUAACGAGGAGUAUUUCAUCAUGUGCGACAUAAGCAAUAUUAUUUGGGAGAAGGUUGAAGGAUAAACUUAGGUUUAAUUUCAUUUUCGUACUGUUGAGCUUCGAUUAAAAACAAAUAACCUCAUAUCAUAAAUUACUAUAAAGCUGUAUUGGCAAUAGUUCACUGUCGGGUGCUUUCUUCGCCGUUUUGUCACACACGUAGUUAAACAAAUGCAUGCUACCAUCCACAGGUUAAACGCAAUCACUACAAUGACAAGGUUCACAGAAGCAUACUCAUAUUAGAAUUCCGUAGCGAAAUGUAAAAUAAUGUUAAAGAUAAAGUGUCACGUUUACCACCAAAGGAAACGAACAGAGGAUCAUAAUGCAUUUAUGUACAAUAUUUCGAUGCUAUCACGAGCACUUGUAUUCAAAGUGGCUGAUUGGCGAGUUUUAUCAGCAAAGGAAAAACAAGAGCAGUGUUAGUGAAGUUACAGACAGCAGUGGUUUUGAGGCGGUCACCGUUGUCGAUUCGACUAAGUUGAGUAGUUUCAGCGCUUUCGGCAGACGAAUCGACAACUGAUAUCACUCUGGGGUCGCGAGUAGCAGUUCAUGUUUUGUACAAGGUCUGCCGACUAGAGUGACUGUGCAGAAGUGAGUAUAAAUGCGUUGACAUGACAGAACAUGGGAGGCGCAUUCUAAUUAACCGUCCAGGCAUUACAAGACUGCUGGGGUGCAUAUAUUGUGUAUUCGGCUAUGCUUAAACACGCUUAAUAAGUCAUGGUAGACUGUUAGCAAACUUUACGAGGUAUUAUCAAGUUUCGUCAAAGGAAUUAGUUGAUACAAGCAAUUCAUGAGAAAAAUAUUAGCCAAUUUUAUCACUCUGAGAACAAGAUAUAAAGAGCACAAACACGCCUCACAUUCUGUCUAACACAUCGAUAGUAAUAGAUGCGUUGUAUAAUUCGAGAAUUUUUUAAGAAACCGCUUUGCUACUGUUACGCUCUGUUCGGCCCGCUAAGCGAUCAGGUUAACACACUGCUUUAUGGAGUGAAGCCAGUCAGUUAAAGUAUUCAUUUCGUUAUUGUUAGGAAUUGGAGUCUUUGUUUGUAGCUCUAAAGCCAAUUAUGCUUGUCAUUCUGCUUAUAUUGUCGAAGAAUAGGGAGUGCAAUUGUAUUGUUAAAUCGUUGCCAAUUAGGGAAGUACAUGUAUAAAAUAUAAUGCGAAAGGUAUCACAAGCGAUCUAGAACCACACGUCGGGUAUUAUACAGAGUAAAUUAGCCACUCGUGACACGAUCAGUGUUUAAGAUCACGUGGCGUUGCGGGGGCGGGAGGGGGUGUAUGUACACAGUCUAUUUAUAUAGCGGAGUGAGGCUAUAGAUAUGUUAUGAGACUAAUAUUGUCUAAGAAAGAAGUUUCCCAAUUGCACAAAUAUAAUUACUGCUAAAAAGGAUACCAUCAGUUGAGAGUAUUGAGUCAGAGAAAACUAUUGUUUAGGUUUUCUGCUGUAUAGACGUUGAUGUUUAGUUUUGCGGUUGACUAAAGCGAAUAAAAAGGUGUAAUAGUUUAUAUAUUAUAAACUACGAGAAACAGUGAUGUUAGCACGAAGGAUUUUAUUUCGAUUAAAGAUAUACCCAACAAUUCAAUACAAUUACAAGCUAUACCGCAGUGUAAUCAUCAUCAAUCGUCGUUGCGUGGACGAUAUUCAUUUGUUGAAGUGUAAAAGAUUACCAUGUGUUGUCAAGACGAGCAGACCUAACCAGAACAUCAGGGCAUAUGACAGAAAUAUGACAUAUCUGAAAUGUGUAUCUGUGGUAAACCAUAAUUUAGUAGUGGCUAGAUUGCGAAGUUUCAUACUAAUUGAAGUUAAACACUCGCUGAAAAUUGCGCUUAAAAAUUAAGUCCAUGACAGUACGGUUACAAACAAAGUGACAAACAUUUAAUGAAUAAAAUUUAUUAGAACAAAUGAUGUGCGUACGUUGUUGUUUGUCUUUGUGUCGAAGGCGUUAUGUAAUAAGCAGCCCACUAUCACUUCGUAGUUAUGCAU